UCGACAUCGAUCAGGAGUCAUGACAAUGCUUGAGCUGCGUCGUGCUCGGAAUUCCACACAAAUGUAUAUAUAUAUAGCUGACAACGUCAGUGAGUAUUUAUUGUGCCAGCCAGCGGGAGGCGUCGACAGUUUCAGUAUGGCGUCUGUGAAUAUUGUGCUAGCUGUACUUUUGGUGCUGCCAUUGACGUCGGUAAUUGCACAAGGGAAUCUGGAUGCCGGAGCAGGAACCGGUUGGAACGGAGUGAGUGGAACCGGAUACCCCUACUGUUGUACAUGCGGUGCGCACAACGUGGGGCUGUGUGCUGCGCUUCUUGUCGUGUCAUUGCUGGUUGGAGUGGUCUUUCCAUAUCGACCUUGACCGACCAUGUGCGAAACAAGA